AUGGGUGAAUGCAUCAGAUCAAAGGAAAAUCUAAGAAAAUAAUCAUCCUUGGAUUAGCAUUCAUCGAGCUUACCCAAGAAGAUAUUGAUUCACAAAUAGCAAUUCAAUGAUCUUCAAGAAAAUCUAAAGAACAGAAAAUUAAAAGAAGCCCACCAAACUCAAAACCGUUUGCCGUCUCCAAUUAAUUUGAAAAUUCUUAUGCCUCCCAAAUCUAAGUCCAUACAGGAAAAGAAAUAGGAAACCUAAAAUUAGAUUGAUCUAAAAGUCUUGAUUCCUGAGAAUUCAAACAGCUUCAUCGAUUGGAAGGAAUUGAUUUCAAAUUUAAAUGGCCCCAAUUACCCCCUGAAAAAAUGGAUGAGAGACAUUAUCAUAAAAAAUAACAUCAUACUGGACUACGACUUUGCUAUUUUAAUACGAAUCCUGAUGCAAUUAUAUAAGUUUAAGCAACCAACUUUAGUUAACAUAUUCUCUGAGAUCAUUGAGGAAUUGGAAAAAUGA